GAGAAGAAUGGCAUUGAAACAGAUUUCCAGCAACAAGUGCUUUGGGGGAUUGCAGAAAGUUUUUGAACAUGACAGUGUUGAACUGAAAUGCAAAAUGAAAUUUGCUAUCUAUUUACCACCAAAGGCAGAAACUGGAAAAUGUCCUGCACUAUAUUGGCUGUCUGGUUUAACUUGCACAGAACAAAAUUUUAUAUCAAAAUCUGGUUAUCAUCAAGCUGCCUCGGAACAUGGCCUUGUCAUCAUUGCUCCAGAUACCAGCCCUCGUGGCUGCAAUAUUAAAGGAGAAGAUGACACCUGGGACUUUGGCACUGGUGCUGGAUUUUAUGUGGAUGCCACUGAAGAUCCUUGGAAAACUAACUACAGAAUGUACUCGUAUGUAACAGAGGAGCUUCCACAACUCAUAAAUACCAAUUUUCCAGUGGAUCCCCAAAGGAUGUCUAUUUUUGGCCACUCUAUGGGAGGCCAUGGAGCUCUGAUUUGUGCUUUGAAGAAUCCUGGAAAGUACAAAUCUGUGUCAGCAUUUGCUCCAAUUUGCAACCCAGUGCUCUGUCCUUGGGGCACAAAAGCCUUCAGUGGGUAUUUGGGAACAGAUCAAAGUAAAUGGGAGGCUUAUGAUGCUACCCAUCUUGUGAAGGCCUGCCCAGGUACUCAGCUGGAUAUACUAAUUGAUCAAGGAAAAGAUGACCAGUUCCUUUCAGAUGGACAGCUACUACCUGAUAACUUCAUAGCUGCCUGUACAGAAAAGAAAAUCCCUGUUGUUUUCAGAUUACAAGAGGGUUAUGAUCAUAGCUACUACUUCAUUGCAACCUUUAUUACCGAUCACAUCAGACAUCAUGCAAAAUACCUGAAUGCUUGAAAAACUUUGGGUAAUCUGUCUUCACUUUUAGGAUUGCCUUUGUCUUUAUCUGUAGUUUCACUGCAGAUAUAGAUUGGUUUUUACUUAUCCCACUUGAAAUGCGUUGUCUUCCUCAAUCUGAGCAUUCAAAUGCUUUAUCAAUUCUGGAAAGUUCUCAAUCACUAUCUCUUUAUAUAUUGCCUCUCCUGUAUUAUAUCUGUUCUCCUCUGAAUACUAAGAGGAUAAACUAAGAGCAUUAAAAAAAAUGUUCAAAUAGCUUCCUGCCAGUUCAGAUCACUUGCCAUCAAAAUAAGUUGCCAAAAAAGCUGCCAGGCUUCACAUUUCAAAGCUUAUUUUGUAACACUGGAUGGUAAACCCAUGCAUGGUUGGGUGUAAUCCUGAGGAAUUUGUGGGGUCUGGGUGGUGGAUACCUUCCUUCAGUAAGGAACUGCUUUUCAUCUCCCUGGUGUCCUGGAGUGUGAUGAACCUGAGAAACUUUAAGUAAAUAUUCUCAUCUUGGGGUUUCCAGACUGUAUUUGUGGUAAAAUUCAAUCUUAAAUCUAUGGUAGAUGAGAGCUGUAGUGACAAAGUCACAGGAGAUAAUAUUUCCUCAUCUACUCUCAGCCAGCAAUGAUGAGUUUCCUUGUCAUCUCCCUUUACAGACAGGCUGAUUUUUCCCUAUUCUUUCAAUGAACAUACAGCUUUUUACAGAUCCUAGCUUUGUGCAGAGAUUUCAUAUCUGUCUCAGGAUGCACCUUGAAUGGGUGCAUGUACUUGUUUCCAUCACGGAAGGCCCAUUAACACUUCAUCUCCUGGUCCACAAGGUGGACAAAAGCUCCCAGUACUGACAUUAAAAGAAGCCAUGGCUUCACCUUUGUCUUAUCACUCUGAUCUCC